AUGAGUUAUCUAGCUUGGAACUGUCGUGGGCUUGGCAACCUAGAGACAGUUCAAGUUUUAGUGGACUUGAUCCACUCUAAGAGGCCAAAUGUGAUUUUUCUUAUGGAAACCUUCUCUAAUAAUUUUAAGAUGCAGACUAUUAAGAAUAAAGUGGGCUACACUGGGCUAUUUACGGUGGAUAGCUUGGGCCGAAGUGGAGGUCUUGCUCUGUUGUGGAAGGAGGAAUCUGAAGUUAGCAUCUUGGGCUUUUCUAGGUACCAUAUCGAUGCUAUGAUAACAACAGAAACAAGCCUUGAACCUUGGAGAUAUACUGGCUUUUAUGGGAACCCCAAGAGUAAUCGUAGGCGUGAAUCUUGGCAAAGGUUGCGGCAUCUAGCUACCCUAAGUCCUCUUCCAUGGGCGUUAAUGGGUGAUUUUAACGACAUUCGGAGCUCAUCCGAGAAGAAAGGAACGCAUCCGCACCCUCAAUGGUUAAUCCGAGGCUUCAACGAAGCCAUUGAAAGCAGCGGUCUUAGAGAUUUGGAUUUUGAUGGAUGUCAAUUCACCUGGGAAAAGUCAAGGGGUACUCCAAACUGGAUUCAGGAAAAGCUUGAUAGGAUAUUGGUCAAUGAUGCUUGGUUAGAGCGGUUUGGCGAUGCAAGGGCGAGGUCCAUCUCCGUGCCUUCUAGUGACCAUCUUCCAAUGCUGCUAUGUACGGUCCCUACUGCCCGUCGUCAAAGAAGAAACAAGUUCAAAUUCGAAAAUGUUUGGCUGAAGGAGAAUCAAUGCAGAGAGAUUGUCACGGCUUGUUGGGGGGCAGUCGAACGGUCUACACUUAUUAAUUCGACUGGAUACUUGCAGCAAAGCUAUUUGGGAAUGGGGAAGAAAGAUGAAUAG